UCCGCGGCGGACGGACGCGCCCGUCCGUCGAUUAGAAAUUUAAAAAUAAAACAAUUUUUCUUUUCAGUAACAUUCCUUUAAACGUUCGUCGACGAUAAACACAGUGAAGUGUAAAACAUGUUUUGUUCUAAUGAUUGUGUGUAAAAAUAGUAUUUGAAAAUUUGUGUUUUUAGUGGGGACUAGCUCGAUGUAUUUCGGCGACAAGUGACGACCCUGGCGAAUGGUAGGACAAUAAUUUUGGCGGUACAUGACACAUGGCCUAUUUUUUGACACUAUGUGUUGUUUGCUAUGAGUUUAGUGUAGUGACGUCAGAUUGAAUGGUUCCUAUUGGAUCACAAUAUAAACGCCGUAGGUGAAAAUGGCGACAGACCCCACACAAGUGACGGGAGCCACAACGCCCGGGGCGGACAGUCUAGGUCCAGACACGGGACAGGCAUUAGUCGCACAGCCCAAGAAACCUGCUAGACCAAGAGGCAAGCCACAACCCGAGAAACCGAAAAGAAGUCUCUUCUGUCUAGGCCUUAAGAACCCUCUUCGCAAGUUGUGCUAUGACAUCGUCGAAUGGAAGCCAUUCGAGUACAUGAUAUUGACAACAAUAUUUGCAAACUGCAUCGCUCUGGCGGUGUUCACGCCCUACCCCUCCGGCGACACAAAUAACACUAAUCAAAUAUUAGAAAAGGUGGAAUGGAUUUUUAUGGUGAUAUUUACAGGAGAAUGCAUUAUGAAGAUAAUAGCGUACGGAUUUUUAUUCCAUCCCGGCGCUUACUUAAGGAAUACUUGGAACAGUUUAGAUUUUACUAUAGUUACGAUUGGUAUAGUGAGUAUGAUACUUCAAGAUUUUUUUAAAGAUUCUUUCGACGUGAAAGCACUGAGAGCGUUCAGGGUAUUGAGGCCAUUGAGGCUGGUCUCUGGUGUACCAAGUCUACAGAUCGUAUUGAAUUCAAUUCUAAAAGCGAUGAUUCCACUGUUCCACAUCGCUUUCCUCGUGCUCUUCGUCAUCAUCAUCUACGCCAUCAUCGGCCUCGAGCUCUUCUCUGGAGUUCUUCAUAAUACCUGUUUCUAUAAUGGCACUGAGAUGGUAGAAGAACCUUCAGUGUGUAGUAAAGACCCAGACGUGGGCGUGCAAUGUGAGCCGGGACAGGUCUGCAAGGAGUCCACUUGGAAGGGACCUAACUACGGCAUCACAAACUUUGACAAUAUAGGCUACUCAAUGCUUACUGUCUUCCAGUGUAUCACACUCGAGGGAUGGACUGAUAUUAUGUAUGCUAUAGCUGAUGUAAAAGGGAAUACCUGGGUGUGGAUUUAUUUCGUUACUUUGGUCAUAUUUGGCAACUUUUUCGUGAUGAAUCUUAUCCUUGGUGUACUUUCUGGUGAAUUUUCGAAAGAAAGAGAAAAAGCGAAGAGUAGAGGUGACUUUCAGAAGUCGAGAGAAAGACAGCAGUUCGAAGAAGAUUUGAAAGGUUAUCUGAACUGGAUCACAGUCGCAGAGGAGUUGGAUCUAGAGAAUGACCAAGGACAGAAAGAUGAAGACAGAGAUUCACAAGGUAAAAAAGAAAGAAAAAGCAACGAGGGCUCACAAAACGAAGUGAAUGCGAACGGAGAUCAAGUAAAAACGUCCACAUGUAAAAUCUACUGCAGAAGAUUUGACAAGAUCAAUCGACGCAUGCGCAGAGCUUGCAGGAAAGCUGUUAAAUCGCAAGCUUUUUAUUGGGCUAUUAUUGUUCUAGUCUUUCUCAACACUUUAGUACUAGCAUCAGAGCAUUAUCGGCAACCCCAAUGGCUGGAUUACUUCCAGAAUUAUGCCAAUUAUCUCUUCGUUGUUCUCUUUACGAUGGAGAUGCUUGUAAAAAUGUACGCAUUGGGCUUUCAGGGUUACUUCGUGUCUCUGUUCAAUCGUUUCGAUUGCUUCGUAAUGGUCUGUUCUAUUGUGGAGCUGGCUCUCACACUGUCCAACACAAUCCCACAGCUGGGUAUUUCUGUGUUGCGUUGUGUACGACUACUUAGGGUCUUUAAGGUUACCAAGUACUGGCGAUCUCUUUCCAACCUUGUAGCAUCUCUGCUCAAUUCUAUCCAAUCUAUCUUCUCUCUCCUUCUUCUUCUCUUCCUGUUUAUCAUGAUCUUCGCGCUGCUCGGUAUGCAGGUCUUUGGAGGGAGAUUUGACUACGAUCCCGUGCAAGAAAAAGAGAGGCACAACUUUGAUUCGUUCUGGCAAGCUGUGUUGACGAUGUUUCAAAUACUGACAGGUGAGGACUGGAACGCUGUGAUGUAUCACGGAAUCAAUGCGUACGGCGGCUCCGGAACUCCGGGGAUGUUGGCUUCCAUAUAUUUUAUUGUUAUAUUCAUAUGUGGUAAUUAUAUUUUAUUGAACGUGUUCUUGGCUAUUGCUGUUGACAAUUUAGGAGAUGCCGAGGAGAUGGAUGAAAUACAGAAAGAAAAAGAUGAAGCUGAGAAUCCUGAAGCUGGUAACCCUCAGCUUGAUGAAGAGAGAGCCGAAACUGAUGACGAGUAUGCUAAUGAUGAAGAAGGUUAUUCCAGUGAAGGAUCAGAGCAUGAAUAUGAAGAAACGGGUUCAGAGGAAGAGGAAGUGGAAGAGCAAGAACAAGAAGAAAGAGACAAUGUUAAUGAAGUCCUAGUCAAUAAUGAUGUUAAACAAAAUGGAGAUGUAAAGAAAGAAGAGCCACAGCCUAUGAAGCGGCAGGCGACUGUAUCAGCAAGGCCGCGAAGACUCUCAGAAGUUGAGAUCAAAACGCAAGAAAAACCGAUACCAGAUGGCAGCAGUUUCUUUAUAUUUUCUAAAACUAACUGGUUUCGAGUAACAUGUUACAAAGUUCAAAACAACUCGUGGUUCAAGAAUUUGAUCCUGUUGUGCAUUUUAGCGUCAUCUAUUAUGUUGGCUUUGGAGGAGCCAGUACCUACUGGAGUUACUAAUGAGAUCCUCCGUAAGAUCGACUACUUCUUUACAACGGUGUUUACUAUAGAGUUGAUUCUGAAGUUAAUCACAUACGGCUUCAUACUCCACAAGGAUGCAUUCUGUCGCUCCGCUUUCAAUCUACUGGAUUUAUUGGUCGUUAUCGUCUCACUCGUCUCACUUACUGGGUCCAAUAAUGUAUCAUUUAUAAAAAUUCUUCGAGUAUUCCGAGUUUUGAGGCCCUUAAGAGCGAUUAAUAGAGCUAAAGGACUAAAGCACGUAGUUCAGUGCGUGAUUGUUGCUAUAAAAACGAUUGGCAACAUUUUGCUGGUGACAAAUCUUCUUCAAUUCAUGUUCGCGGUAAUGGGGGUGCAAAUGUUCAAGGGAAAGUUUUUUAAAUGCAGUGAUAUAACUAAAGUCACAGAACAAGAAUGCCGUGGAUCUUACCUCGUGUAUGAGAACCAGAAGCCAUCAAUACAGAAUAGAGUCUGGAUGAAAAAUAAAUUCAACUUUGAUGAUGUACUUAAUGGAAUGCUUACUUUGUUUACUGUUUCUACAUUUGAAGGUUGGCCAUUGUUACUUUCAACGUCAAUGGACUCUAACGAUGAGGAUCAUGGACCAAUUGAGAAUUCAAGGCCUCUUGUUGCCUUCUUUUAUAUUAGUUAUAUAAUUGUUAUUGCUUUCUUUAUGGUCAACAUAUUCGUCGGUUUCGUCAUAGUGACAUUUCAAAAGGAGGGUGAGCAGGAGUUCAAAGACUGUGAAUUGGAUAAAAACCAAAGGAAUUGCAUUGAGUUCGCACUCAAAGCGAAACCAGUUAGAAGGUACAUACCGAAGCAUCGUAUCCAAUACAAGACGUGGUGGUUCGUGACGUCACCACGGUUUGAGUACGUCAUAUUUUUCUUUAUCGUCCUAAAUACGAUCGCGCUCAUGAUGAAGUUUCAUAAUGCCUCGCCGGAGUACAAGAGGGUAUUGGAUUACCUAAAUAUGUUACUGACCACAGUAUUUAUGCUUGAAUUUAUCUUCAAAUUAGCAGCAUUCCGUUUUAAAAAUUAUUUCGGUGACGCUUGGAACACGACUGACUUCAUUUUGGUGGUUGGCAGUAUUAUAGAUAUCGUAGUUACACAAGCAAAUGAAAAUAAUCCAAAGCUGAUGCCUGGUGGUAUAAUUCCAUCUAACGGAAAUGAGGAGAACACACAAACAAUAGGACUGAAGUAUAUAACAUUCUUCCGUCUCUUUCGUGCAAUGCGUUUGAUAAAACUUCUAUCUCGAGGUGAACGAAUUCGGACUCUUCUAUGGACGUUCAUAAAGUCAUUCCAAGCUCUGCCUUAUGUUGCUUUACUGAUUGUUCUGCUGUUCUUCAUCUACGCUGUGGUUGGAAUGCAGUUAUUCGGCAGAGUGGAGUUUUCAGAUACAAUAUCAAGGAACAAUAACUUCAGAACAUUCGGCGGUGCAGUGAUGGUUUUGUUUAGAUCUGCCACAGGUGAAGCAUGGCAAGACAUAAUGAUGUCUCUUUCCCCAAAUGGCGCGGAGCUGCCGGGAGAACAGGUCCGCUGUAUAGGCAACGCCACCGACAUCUCAGAAGAAGUUUGCGGCACUAUCCUUGCCUUUCCUUACUUCAUAUCCUUCUCUCUGCUUUGUACGUUUCUGAUCAUCAACUUAUUUGUGGCCGUAAUUAUGGACAACUUCGAUUAUCUAACGAGGGACUGGUCUAUACUGGGACCACAUCACCUGGAUGAAUUCGUCAGGCUGUGGAGUGAAUACGAUCCGGAUGCUAAAGGAAGGAUCAAGCAUUUAGACGUGGUAACAUUGUUGAGGAAAAUCAGCCCACCUUUAGGUUUCGGCAAGCUAUGCCCGCAUCGCACCGCGUGCAAGCGACUAGUAUCAAUGAAUAUGCCUCUAAACUCAGAUGGUACAGUCAACUUCAAUGCGACACUAUUUGCUGUCGUACGGACACAACUGCAGAUCAAAACUACAGGAGUCAUAGACGAGUGCAAUACAGAAUUAAGAGCUAUCAUCAAAAAAAUCUGGAAGAGGACGUCUCCGAAGCUUCUAGACCAAGUGGUUCCUCCACCAGGAGACCCCAAUGAAAUAACUGUGGGCAAGUUCUAUGCCACCUUCCUUAUACAAGAUUAUUUCAGAAGGAACCAUGCGUUUAGGAAACGUAAGGAGCAAGCCGCAGCAGCUUCAGUUCAGAACAACCAGAUGACGCUACAAGCGGGUCUGAGGACAUUACACGAAGCAGGACCUGAACUCAAACGAGCUAUUUCCGGUAACCUCGAUGAGAUUACUCCAGAAGCUGUGGAACCAAUGCAUAGGCGUAAUCACACUUUAUUCGGAGCUGUGUGGACAACGUUUAAAAAACGUGGUCGAGAAGGUUUGUAUAAGCCGCCCACUCCACGGCCUGAGAAGAAAACAAACGGUAAAGGAGCAUCUAAGGGUCAAUCUCUUAGUUUGAUGAUGCAACGAGAAUUGGGCUUAGAUGGGAAAAUGCCAGAGGACGAUUCUAAAUUUGACGACGGACAUCAAAGUGAUGAAGAAAUAGCCAUGCAGCCUUUACUGCACGGCAAGGACUCGGAGAGAAUAUUCAAAGUUAUUGAAAAAACAUCCAACGAUUUAAUCCAGAAUAUGAGAAACAACCAUCGUGACAAAACACCCAGACAGAACGACGCCGUGCCUUAUUGUGUAGAGAAUCCAGCGGAGAGCCUUAUCGCCCGAGUACUGAUGGAGCAGGGUCUGGGCAAGUACUGCGAUAAGGACUUCAUCCAGAGCACCUCGCGCGAGAUGCAAGAGGCGCUCGACCUCACACAGGAGGAGAUGGACACCGCCGCGAAUCAAAUAAUACUACAAGAGCGGAAAAUGAACAUUGUUGGAAACGGACCGAGCGAAGUGGACAGCAUUUUUGCCCGACAGUAUCAUCCGUUCCAUCAGCCACCAAUGCAACCUCCUUCGAGAAAAAAAUAAAUUUAACAGCAUUAUAUUUUUUGGCUUCUAGUUAACCCUAUAUUGGUUGGCAACCGUAUAGGUUUUUUUGUACCCGUUUAGGGUUUUAGGCUGCCCGAGGCUGGGCUGGUGCUGAGGAGAGAUUUAUUGAUUUUGUAAAUAGAAUAUUUUAGUGUGGUAACGUGAAGCUUUGUUUACAAUGUUGCAAGUUAAAAAAAUGUUUAUUAAAAAAUAUACGACGUAUAUUUAAUCUAUGACCAAUGAUAUUUUUCUUCCAAGAAAUAUUUUAACCACUGACCUCUAUAAAUGGAUAGGCUAUAUGACAUGGUAUUUUGUGCUUAUAUGAUGUCGGCCAUUUUGGCGCUGCAUUCGAACUAAUAAUAGAGAUAGAAUUAAAUGUGAGUAACACCAACAGGCGCGUUUAAAUAAGAAAGAAGCAAAUGCUCUUAUUUCGAAGCAAUCUUUUCAUAGAGAUCAGUGAUUCCAACU